AUGGAAGUAAUAACAAAGGAACGAAUUAAAUUACAAGAAAAAAAGGAUGAAAAUUUAGAAGAGAAACAAAAAGCGAGUAGAAAUUCCAAAACUAGUAAACCAGAAAGUAAGACUAAAUGCCAACAAGCGGCGCCAAAAGUCCAAAAAGAAAUCAUCGACACAAGAAUUAAAAAAAGGAAGAUCGAUGAAAUUCUGGUUCAAACAACUUUCGAUGAUAAUUAUUUGGAUAAAUAUUUUGCCAAUCACAAUAAGAGGGAGAUACUUAUUAGAAAGUUAGAUGAGAAAGAAAAUGAAAAACAAGGUUUUGAAUUAGUGAAAGGAUCCACAAUGGAGGAAGAUUUGGGAAAAGGUUUACAAAUGAAAAGCCAAGACGAAUUAAUAGGAAAGGACGGAGUAUAUAAGAAAAGGACAGGGAUCAACAAGUUUAUUGUGCCUACACAUACAACAUCUAAGGGUGAUAAAUUUGUAGAUGCACUAUCAAGUCUACUUUCCACGAUACCUAGGAGUAAAGAAGAACAUGAAGAACUCGAUGAUUUAAAUAACAAAUUCAGUGAACGUUUGGAGAAGAAAAAGCAAGAUGACACAAUACAAGAAGGAACGUCUAGUAAAGAAAAAGACAAGAUCAAGGUCUUGGGAUUUACGCUUAGAUUUGGUAAAGAAAACACUUAUAUGAAUAUGGUUUUUCAUCUGAUUUCAGAUACAUUUCUAUCAAGAGCUUAG